AUGAAGGGCUGGGGGCAGGUGUAUGGACCAUAUGGAGGCUAUGGAGGCUAUGGAAAGGGUGGCAGGAUGCCUGUCAUGCAUGGCCCGGUGGAGAACCGAGUCUAUGUCAGCAAUCUUCCUUGGCAUGUACAAUGGCAAGAGUUGAAGGACCAUAUGAAGUCUGUUGGGGAGGUGGUGUAUGCUGAUAUCUUCACAGAGAGCGGGCGCUCACGUGGAUGCGGCUUGGUGGCCUUCCGACGGCUGGAGGAUGCACAACGGGCGGUGGUGCCCUGA